AUGUUUAAUAGAAAAAGUUUAUUUGAACAUUGUAAUCGUGCUUUACUUCAAGUAUUAACAACACUUUCAGAUGCUGAUUGUAGUCGUUUAUAUUGGACAUGUCAUUAUCAUAAGCAUACAAAACUAUGUCAAUAUAUAUUGGAUAAUUAUGCACCUGUAUGUAUUGCACGUGAUGCUAUUGCAAUACUUUGUCAAAUGGUCAAAUCUUCUGAUAGUAAAAUACCCGAUUUAACACAAACACCUGUACCAUUUUUAUUACCAACAUCACCAGAUUUCAUGGUUAUUGAAUUACAUGAUGGAUCAUUUAUACCAUCAAAAGGAAAACCAUUAAAAUUUACUGUUGUUGAUUGUGAAGGAAAUACAAAAACAUCAGCUAUUGCUUUUUUUCUCUGUUUUUGA